CAAAAGUUAAUGACAGAUCUCCCUUGUCUACUAUGUAUAUGCUUUUUGCCAACUAUUUAUGCUAAUUGCAUGCAGCACUUUGAGGCCUUUUUUGUUGGGCAUUUUCGGUGCCGCGCACGUGAUAUUUUAAUGGCGUGUCAAGGUUACUUAAAUGGCCGUUUUCUCAAUGGAGAAUUGGAAAAGAGGUGCUCAAUAGCUUUUAAGAAUGAGGUUGCCUCAUGCAUGAAGCCUCUUACAAAGGCAUUUAUCAGAAUUGGUUCACAAGAAGCUUUCUCUUUUCUUAGGUUAAGUGAAGAUACAAUUACCGUGCCUCGUGAGCUAGGCUCUUCUGAAAUGCCUGUUGUCAGGGUUAUUGUGGAUGAUGAGAUCUCGCAACCAAAUGAGACUGAGAAUGAGGAGGGCCCGUCUGAUUGCCCUGCCAAGCGACAAUUUAUUAGGAUGGUUGGAGUUGACUUCAAGGGUACUAAUCCCACUCCUCGAAGAGCUCAAGACAAUGUGACGGGCCAGGUUGAUCUACACACAGUUGCAGCUCAUUUAAAUUCAUAUCGAUCUCUAUUGAGCAAGUUGGCUUGUUCAGAUGGGAUAGUGGUUUCACGUCAAUCGGUAUUGAGCCAGUUGGCUCGUUUGGAUGAGAUACAGGUAUCACAACAAUCGUUAUUGAGGAUGUCAAAGGCAGUGUCACAGGCAGUCUCGACUGCUUCGGCAGAGUAUGAUCCAUUCCACAUUGAUAUUGUUGAGGAUGCACAGGGGAAUGAGAGGGCUGGGCCGUAGGAGCUGCUGCUACCGGAGAUUCAUCAACCUUUUUUUUUUAUUUUAAUUUAUUAUUAUUUAAAAUACAAAAACCUAUAUCAUCAAUACAAACUAGUGUAGUAUCUGGUACUUUGUCCAUGUAAUUGUUUUUGUUUAUUAUCAUUUU